GCAUGCAAACAAGACAAUACACACUUGUAUUUUUAUCAGAGCACACUUGCCAUUAGGUUAAUCACGAUCUUAAUUAUUUAUAAUAACAUAAAAGAAAUAACGACACUAUUUUAUAACGUGAUUAUUGCAGUAAUUAUUAAAAAUAUUCUGAGGGAUUUAAAAUACAAAUAAGUAGAGUUUGUUCUGUUUUGUGCAGCGACAGCUACUAUAGCUACAACCGAGUGAAAGGAAUCUGACUUAGCCAUGGUGUGGUCUUUUAUUGACGGUCAUAAUGAACAAUAUUUCAUGGGUCUUGAUAUGUACCAGUUACAGAUUGACGAAUUUUACUUAAAAGUCAACAGCAAUUUGACAAAUAAUGAUACAUAUUUGUACACGCUGCACAAGGAUUGUAUAGAUUGUCCGUAUACGUCAGAUGUUCUGUUAUUUAACCCAGACACUGAAAAAUCACAAAGCGUUACUGGAAAAUACUCAACGAAUUUAAAAUUCAGGAUAGCCUCAGGCUAUCCCGACGUGUAUUUGCCACAAGAUGAAACUGAAAGUGUCAUCUGUGAUGUAGAUAAGAAUUUUGGACAAUUUGGUGUUUAUAACGUAGACGUUAACGAGGCAGGAUGCUACAUCAAUACUUUAAAAGAACCUGUGAAUAUUUAUACACCAAUUAUAACAGUAUUUCUUUUAUAUACGCUCCUAUUCGCCGCUGUGUAUGGAUCUGUUCUUCUUUGGAAGAAAUUUCAUUGUGAACAAAAUUCAAAAGAUAAAGAGCAUACCCCGAAGAAGGUUAGGAUUAAAUCGUUGGAUACAUUUAGAGGCAUAACAAUCGUACUGAUGAUUUUUGCCAACUUUGGUUGUGGCGGUUACCAUUUCAUAGAACAUACGACAUGGAAUGGCCUGCAUAUAGCUGAUCUUGUUUUCCCUUGUUUUAUAUGGAUCAUGGGUGCCUGCAUCCCAAUGUCUUUGAAUUCUAAUUUUAAGAAAGGCCUCUCGAAUAAAACCAUUUUCCUAAAUAUUUUAAAGAGGACCAUCAAAUUAUUCUGUUUGGGGAUUUUUCUAGGAAGUGGAGCAAACUUGUCGUAUCUGAGGAUAUUGGGAGUAUUGCAAAGAUUUGGAAUUGCAUACUUGGCAGUAACUGGAAUUUGCUUGUUUUUUAUGAAAAGAUCGUCAAAUAAAGAUGACAAAGAAGCAUCGAACAAGUUUGAGGACAUUUUAAUUUUAUCCAAGUGUUGGUUCUUUGCUCUGGUAAUCCUACUUAUCCACACCAUAAUAAUAUUCUGCGUGGCAGCACCAGGAUGCCCAAAGGGGUAUAUGGGACCUGGAGGUCUACACAAAAAUCGUUCAUACACAGAAUGUAUAGGCGGAGCAACUGGGUACGUCGAUAAACUGAUCUUGGGGAAUCAUGCAUAUCAAAAUCCUACCAUUAAACAAAUUUAUAAGUCCGCACCGUUUGAUCCGGAAGGAAUUCUCGGUUGUCUGACAACAAUAGUUCACGUAUUUUUUGGAGUCCAGGCUGGAGUCACAUUGGCGGUGUAUAAAAGUCACUCUCAGCGCAUCCUAAGAUGGCUGUUAUGGGGUGUAUUAUGUGGCCUUGUUGGUGGCGGAUUGUGUGGCUUUUCGAAGGAGAACGGCGUUAUUCCAGUUAACAAAAAUUUAUGGUCCACUUCUUUCGUGUUAGUAACUUCAUGCUGUGCGUUUACCCUCCUUGCCGCCUGUUACAUCUUCGUGGACUUAAAAAAAUGGUGGACGGGCAAACCAUUUUUAUUUGCAGGAAUGAAUGCCAUAUUGAUGUAUAUCGGUCAUGAAAUGACUGAUGGGCACUUUCCUGUAAGAUGGUACAUUCAAUAUGAAGGAAGAAUGUCACGUAAAACUCAUUUUGAAGCAUUGCUGUCGGACACCUGGGGAGUUGGAAUAUGGGUUCUUGUAUCUUAUUAUUUGUAUAAAAUAAAUUAUUUCUUUACUGUAUAAAAAUAAAUUUAAAAAACAAA